AUGACUGAGCUCUCUGAUAAAGUCCUCUGGAUCGGUGGUCGAGCUGGUCUUGACUCUGGGUACGACUGGAUUGACGGAUCUCCCUUCGACUUCGAGAACUGGAGAAAGGGGCAACCAAGCAACGUGAUGGAUAUGGAACACUGCAUUGGGCUUUACACCCACAAUCAAGGGUUCUGGAACGACCAACACUGUUCUCACAAAGAGGGUCGUGUGUGUAAGAAGCAACAUGGUGUUACUCUCCCUCCUGCACAAACCACCCCGCUGCCUGCUGGUCACUGCUCUCCUGGAUGGCUCCAAGUAGGUAGCAAGUGCAUGAAAGUGUUUACAGAGAUGUUGAACAUCACUGAUGCCAGAACAGCUUGUCGAGAGGAGAGUGCUGGCGCAGAACUGGCCAGCAUCCAUUCAGCUGCUGAACAAGCCUACGUGACAGCUAUUUUGAAGACAGUGACGGUGAACGUGUGGAUUGGAAUGUUUAAUAUCCGAGGCUUCCGUUGGAUGGACCAUACAGCAGUUACCUUUACAAACUGGGCCUCGGGAGAGCCAGACGGACACAUGUAUUGGGGUGAGAACUGCGUCAAGAUGCUGGUACAUACUCAAACUGGCCGGUGGAGUGAUGAUGUCUGCGACGCCGAGAAUGGAUACUUAUGUCAGAAACCAAUAGGUAAGUGUUGCGUUCCAUCAAUACCACCACAUUUAUCUUUGUAAAAAUACAGGGUCUUCAUCAAGAGACUCAUCGCAGAAUCAAACGCAAUGUUUUCAGCUUUCACAGAGACCCACAUAGAGGACCAUUUUGACAACGAAAUAUGGAUGCCGGGUUAUAACCUAUUUAAAUGCGACAGAUCAGACAGGCAACAAAGGGGAGAAAGGGUUGGCCUAUACGUCACAGAGUCUCUCAUUUGCACAGAAAUACUAAACACCUCAAAUGAUG